AUGGUGCGCCUGGCUGCCGAGCUGCUGCUGCUGCUGGGGCUGCUGCUGCUCACGCUGCACAUCACCGUGCUGCGCGGCUCCGGAGCCGCCGACGGGCGGGAGGCGGCCGCGGGCAACGCCAGCCGGACCCAGCUGCAGAAUAACCUCAAUGUGGGAAGUGACUCUACAUCAGAAACCAGCUUUCCUUUCUCCAAAGAAGCACCAGGGGAGCUUCUGGACCACCAGGCUGCACACCAACCCCUCCCCAGACAGCGAGUCCAGCAAGAGGCUAGGCGAUCUUCAUUGCAAAGAGAUGGCCCCAGAUCCUUUCUUCUUGAUCUACCAAAUUUUCCAGAUCUUUCCAAAGCUGAUAUCAAUGGGCAGAAUCCAAAUAUCCAGGUCACCAUAGAGGUGGUGGACGGUCCUGACUCUGAAGCAGAUAAAGAUCAGCAUCCGGAGAAUAAGCCCAGCUUGUCAGUCCCAUCCCCUGACUGGCGGGCCUGGUGGCAGAGGUCCUUGUCCUUGGCGAGGGCCAACAGCGGGGACCAGGACUACAAGUACGACAGUACCUCAGAUGACAGCAACUUCCUCAACCCCCCCAGGGGGUGGGACCGUCCGGCCCCAGGCCACCGGACUUUUGAAACCAAAGAGCAGCCAGAAUAUGAUUCCACAGAUGGUGAGGGCGACUGGAGUCUCUGGUCUGUCUGCAGCGUCACCUGUGGGAAUGGCAACCAGAAGCGGACCAGGUCUUGUGGCUAUGCAUGCACCGCAACGGAAUCUAGGACGUGUGACCGUCCAAACUGCCCAGGAAUUGAAGACACCUUCAGAACAGCCGCCACCGAAGUGAGUCUGCUUGCGGGAAGCGAGGAGUUUAAUGCCACCAAACUGUUUGAAGUUGACACGGACAGCUGUGAGCGAUGGAUGAGCUGCAAAAGUGAGUUCUUAAAGAAGUACAUGCACAAAGUGAUCAACGACUUGCCCAGCUGCCCCUGCUCCUACCCGACAGAAGUGGCCUAUAGCACAGCGGACAUAUUCGACCGCAUCAAGCGCAAGGACUUCCGCUGGAAGGACGCUAGUGGGCCCAAAGAGAAGCUGGAGAUCUACAAGCCCACAGCCCGGUACUGCAUUCGCUCCAUGCUGUCCUUGGAGAGCACAACGCUGGCUGCCCAGCACUGUUGCUAUGGCGACAACAUGCAGCUCAUCACUAGGGGCAAAGGGGCAGGGACACCUAACCUCAUCAGCACGGAGUUCUCAGCGGAGCUCCACUACAAGGUGGAUGUCCUGCCCUGGAUUAUCUGCAAGGGAGACUGGAGCAGGUAUAACGAGGCCCGGCCUCCCAACAAUGGACAGAAGUGCACGGAGAGUCCCUCUGAUGAAGACUACAUUAAGCAGUUCCAAGAGGCCAGGGAGUAUUAAAGAGAUGCCACCUCUGGUAUUUGUGACACAAAUGCACUGUACUGAUCUGCCACCUGGAGCAGAGUCCCUCUUACCCACAUACAUGGGUAUUUGUAUAUACCACACCACUAUUGUUCAUAAAUUACACUAGGGAUGUGCGCCAGGCCCGGUGACCGCCGUCUGAAGCCACCCUUGCCAUCUACACUGCCCACAGACCUCCUUGGACUUCCUCCUACGUGUGAUGUGGGCAGGAGGAUGAGGACAAAGAAGCCAGAAGAACCUGGAAGCCAUAGUGGGUGGGUUUCAAUUUACACCCAGAUCCAGUGUUUCCUAGAGAAGCAAAAGGGGAAAGAGACUGAAGUUGUAAACAUAAGUUUUUAUAUGUAACUUAUUUAAUAUGAAUGUGACUUAAGCUUAAACUUUUCUCUGGAGUUGUCAUCGUGAACUGUUUAAUCACUUCUGUGAGAGUUCAGACAGGGCUUAGGGAGGUGGAAGAAAAAGGGAAUUUGUAAUGAUUUCUUUAAAAAUGAAUAACUUAAUGGAAAUAUAUCAAAAUCGAGAAAAUUCUCACCUUAAACCAAAUAUUAUUUAGU